AUGGAUAACGCAGAAAGUUUGAACAACAUGCCUAUCCAAGGCAUCAUCAAACUGAACGAGGAAACAUUAGAAAGGGUCAUGUACAAAGAAACAGAAGUGGAAGGGGACGACAGAGUUAUUCUGGAAGCUGCAAAAGCAGAACUAGCCAAGGUAAAGGAAGAGAUCAAUAGAGCUAGAGAGAGUUCCAUGCAAUCCUGGCUUGACUCCGAGCCUCUCAUAGAUGAACUUGAAAAGAAGAAAUCCAAUCUUGCCAAUGCUCAACAAAGUUCAAAUGCAUCAAAUUCCAUUGCAGAGUUGGAAUCCCUGCUAGAGAUCAUCCACAAGAACAUCAAAGACAAAAGAGACAACCAACUCGAGACAGAAUCGAUGAUCAACAGAAUCCAACAAGAUUUGGAUCAAACACGCAGUGACAUGGAAAGACUCGAACUUGAGAAAACAAAAGAAAAGCAAACACUAGCAAAAUUGAGGCAAACCCUGCAUCUAAGGAAGCUGACAGGUCAAACCUUGCAGCUCACUCUUCAAGCUGUACUUCUGGAAUCAGAUGCUGUGGAAGAAUCUUCUGCCAAAGCUCUUCAACAGAUCAAGCUUUCAGAAAAUUACAGAGAUGCUGUCCAGCUUACUCAUGAAAAGUACCAUGUCCUAACAAGAAGAGCCAGAGAAAAGAUUUCACAGGCAAAUUCACGUGUUUCUGUUUCAAUGGAGCAAAAACUUGCAGCUGAGGCUACGCGUGAGUUGGCCUUAUCAAGAUUGAACAAGAUUUACUCCAGUGAUUCAUGGAGUAUGAACAAGAGAAACAUAAUGGGGCAACGGUACACAGAUAGGAAUGCAAGCAGUCAAGACACGAUUGUUGAAGAGGAAGUGGCAGCUAAAAUAAAAAGUGCUUCGCCCAAAUCCUCUGCUGAAGAAUCAUUACCCAAGUCCAAACGGGGAAAACUACAACAGUCCAGAAAAUCAGGCACCAAUAUGAAAGCCAAAAAGGAAAAGUCGUCCAUUUUGCAUAAAAUGAGACACUGUUUUUAUUGA